UAAGAGUCUGCUAUCUUCUUUAAACGUGUUGUUCAUGUCCACUGUUUGAAACUUCAAAACAUCAUCUUCGGCCAUAUGACAUCGCUUGAUUCACCGAUAUUAUUACAAAACUACAGAAAAAAUGGUGUAAAGAAGAUUUAAAAAGUGACGAGUUGGGUAUAGGAUACUUGAAUAGAAGAAAAUUUAAACAAAGAGACUGGAUAGAUAUCUAGACGAGUCAAGAAUAUAAUCCGUAGUUCUGAUGCUAAAAAACCUGCCCAGAGGAGACAGGUUGAAGGCACUCCAAAAGAUAAAAAAAACGAAAAGUGUAUGUGUUGAGUUAAAUUAUGGAUAACACGAAAGAUGUUAUAACAAGUAUAUACAAUACUUUGGUAAGUUUACGAUAUCCACAUAUUGCUAAUGCAGAGUCCAAAGAUCUGGAAACAACAGUUCUCAAUGGCGAAAAUCGUCUUCGUCUAUUUUCCUGGAUCCUGACAGAAAAAUUGCCGUCUAUCGUCGAUCAUUUAGAAAAGUUAAAGGAUGCUGCUUUGGAAGAUCAGCUGUUUAAUUAUUACUCUCAAAUAGGACUCUGCAACAAUAAAGAUAUAUUACUGGGUAAAAGUUCCUUAAAGGAACAGCUGCCAUUUUUAAAAUUAUUGUUAGAUUUUAUGAAAAAGGUACACAUGAAAUCUUUUGUAAAUAAAAAUGAAACAGAGGAAACACUUAUGGAUAUUGUUAAGUUAUAUAUUGAUGAUGACAUAAAUCAGGUAUCUUCUCUUUCUGUUGUUAAACCAAAAGUAAGUUAUUUGGAAGCCAUUAAGUAUUUUGAAGAAAAUAAGAAAGAGAUACUGAUUAAUGAUUGCGAAGAUACUAAAACUAAUUUGUCUGAAGAUUUAGAUAUAGAGACUGAUAAACUGGUCAAUGAAGAAUGUGAUGACCUAUUGGACAAAGCAGAAAAAAAAUUCAUAGAAGCUUUUGAAACUAUUUCAUCUUGGCCAAUACCAAACAGAAAUUUAGAUAAGGUUACUUCUGAUUCUAUUUGCUCAAAUCUUAAAAACAUAUGCUCUGAUUUUUCUACUUUGAAAAAGGUAUUGCAAGCAAGAGAUGAGGUAUCCAAAGUAAUUUUACCAAAAAAAUUAUCAAAGACAUGUACAUCUUUAAGUCCAAUUAUAGAAGAUGUAGUAAUUAAUCAUGAGGAACUUGAAAAUCUAAGUAUGAAAAAUGACAGUGUAUUUUAUUGAUCUUGUGAUUGUAUAUAGUUUUAGAUUUAAGAAUAAUGUUCUAAAUAUUUAUAAAUGUAUAAGGAACAGUAUUAUCAUAUAAUUAUAAAAAUAGUCUAUAAG